GUGUGUGUGUGUGUUUGUGUGUGUGUGUCUGUGUAAGAGAGAGUUUGUGUGCGUGUGCUACAGCGAUAGUUUUCGAAGUUAGCACUUUUAAAGCAUUGUGUAGGCUUCGUUGCCCGUCUAGCCAUCCAUAGUUUCGUGCUUCGCUUCUCCCCCUCCUCUUCUUCUUGUGCGGCGACCAUUCGGAUAUCCCAUGAUUCCCGGCAGCAGCGAGUGUUUUGGGAAACCAAGAUGGCUAUGCACCGCUCGUCUGUGUCGAGACGGGGCUCUAAAAACGAGUCCGAAAACGAUGAGGAGGAGUCAGAGAACAAUGGUUAUAUCCAGAUGCUAGUGAAGCCAAUGGAACAAAGUCAUUACGGCUUCCUUUUAAAUUGGGUCGGACUGAGUGGGUCUAAUUUAAGCGCCCAGCAGGUCCGUGUGGUCUAUGGUGUGGCUCUGGUGUUGACGGUGAUGUGUGUCUACCAGGUUUUACAAUGCGACAUCGGACAGUUAUUUUACCGAUUAUGCAUUCUCAUAGUACCCAUGUUUUGUAUUGUAAAUGCAUUUUAUUGGCUUUCACUAGUAUUUCGAAAAAGUUGGAGCAAUACUAGUCUCUAUCUGCUGUUCUCUUCGUGUUAUGUCGGAGAGAUCGCGGCCCAAGUCAUGUUGGUCCGAAAGAACACGGGGGUCAGCGGAGAGCCGGACGAUGUGUCGUCCAUGUAUAUAAUGCAACCGUCUGUGGUGUUGGCUGUACUCAUUGCAAUCAGUUUUGCUAGUUUAUUCUCUUCGUUAGAAACCUUACAAAGCGCUGCUGUCAUACUUUUGGUAAGCUUUACACGUUUUCUCGCCUGCACCUCUCUGGUUGACCUCCCCCAGGGCCUGCGGCCGUUCGUCGCUUAUUCUUGUGGAUUUUGUGGUAUCAUCGUAUCGAAAUACUUGGAAACCGUAUUUAAAACUACAAUAAGCAACAACAUGACUCAAGAUGGCAAAAUUCCUGUCAUCAAAAGACGCAGGAGUAGUUCCAGCGCUCAUGGAUUUUCUGCUCACAAAUCUAUCAGGCGAACAUCUCUACCCGCUUUGAUACAAAAACCUCAGAGUUCGACUGCCAAUUACGAAAUGACUGUGAUCGGAGAAGCUCAUGGAUUAAUCACAGAUAUGUUGGCAGAAGCUAACUUACCUCCACACAUUGUCAAUGGAUUACGGGCUGUGAGUAUCUUGCUGAAGGCCCCUGAGAACCACAACUCCAUACAUAAAACUAAAGUAAGCCCUUUGGUCUCGUUAAACGAGACCACCUCCUAUGGGUCUGAUUCUGAUGACUUACCAUAUACUGGAGAAAGGCCAACAUCAUUACCAAAACGUCUUCGAAGGAGUCUCCCUCCUAACCUUAUCAGGCGUAUGUCUACAAGUACAUGGACUACCACAACAUCAGCCACAGGAAUGCCUACCCUAGAAGCUGAGCCAUCCCGGAUUCGAAGUUCAAGUUUCCGCCAAUCAAGAGAUUGGGCCAUUCCCGGUGGAAGUCCGUCUGGAAGUCGCAGUAACAGCCCAUCACCAAGCUCUCCUGCCACCAUGGUUCUAGCUAUACCAAAAUCUCGUUCUUUCUCUGUGGCAAGUGCAGCCCCCAGCAACCUUGGACACCAGCGAAGAACUUCGAGAAAAAACAUGCUACCUCCUUCUUCUGCAUCUGUAGACUACCCAAGCAUGAGCCCUUCAAAACUUGAGGCAAGUAGCCUGGGUAGAAGUGAGACUAACAUAGAUACGGCGGAUGCAGGCAAGUUGAGUGUAACUAAAGAGUGCCAAGCUGCUCCACUGCGACGAUUAGGAAAUAUUACAUCAGACUAUGAGAGUAAUGAUUCCCCUAGCAGUAGUGACCACAGUGACAAUGUACUAACUGUAGAUGAUAUCUCUAGUUCCUCCCCGCCUAAGAAAUUUGGCUGCCGUUUGGAGUCUAGCGGUGGCAAUGUUAGUAAUAGUAGUGGUGGUGGUGGUGGUAGUGGUAAUAGUGGCAUGAACCAGCACAAAGGCACCAAAACCUUUCAAAAAACAGUUACAGAACAUUCAAAGAAGGCUGAAGAAAACGAAAGAGACGAAGAAAAGAAAGAAACUGAAUCCACAGAAUCACGUCUAGAUUUCAUUCUAAAGAAGCCCCCAGAUAUAUCAGAAAUUCCAUAUAGCGUCGAAGAUGUAGAUAAUUGUCAAGAACUUAGUAUAGACAAGUUAAAUGAAUGGGAUUAUGAAAUCUUUGAUCUUGCUGCACGGUCUGGAAAAUUUAUUCUCAGUCAGGUGACUUACAAACUUUUUAUGGAAGUGGGUCUUUUUGAAACAUUCCGCAUCCCUCUAAAAGAGUUUAUCUGCUACUUCCAUGCUUUAGAACUGGGAUACCGAAAUAAACCAUACCACAACCGCGUCCAUGCGACUGACGUCCUCCAUGGAGUUUAUUAUUUAACAACACAAGGAAUCCCAGGCUUUCAACAGUGCUCUGCAGACUUCUUCACUCGACAUGGCUCCUCCAGUGAAUCAGAAUCAGAUUCCACAGACAAAUGCGGGUAUACCCAUCGAGCAAGGAACAAUCUGGAUGAUAGCUACGGUAUAAUGGGGGCUAAUUUCCCAGCCCUGGAGCUCAUGGCUCUCUACACUGCUGCUGCUAUGCAUGAUUAUGAUCAUCCAGGCAGAACAAAUGCAUUUUUAGUGGCCACACACGCCCCACAGGCUGUCAUGUAUAACGAUCGCUCUGUUUUGGAAAACUAUCAUGCUGCUUCAGCUUGGGCGUUACUUUUGGAAGACCAUAAAUACAAUUUUCUGUGUGGCUUGGACAGUGCCGAAUUCAAGCGGUUCCGAUUCCUUGUGAUUGAAGCUAUUCUUGCAACAGAUCUAAAAAGACAUUUUGAAAUUCUAAGUUUAUUUAAUGCUAAGGUGAACCAUGAUGAUGCUCCUGGAAUUGAAUGGAACAGUGAACCAGACCGAAUGUUAGUGAUGCAGAUGGUGAUCAAGUUGGCAGACAUUAACGGACCAGCCAAGAAACGAAGUCUUCACAUAAACUGGACACGGCGCAUAUCAGAUGAAUUCUAUGAUCAAGGAGAUGAGGAAGCCAGACUGGGAAUGCCAAUAUCUCCAUAUAUGGAUCGACGGAAUGGUCAGCUUGCUAAACUUCAAGAAUCUUUCAUUAACCAUUUGGUAGCUCCCCUUUGUAAUGCCAUGGUAUCAGCUGGUUUGGUUCCUGGCAUUUGGGCUGAUUUGGAAGAUGAAGAUUUGUCUGACAGCGAAAAAGGAGACAUUUGCAAAGACACAGAAGAAGAAACUGACCAAGAUAUUGGGGGUGUGGCUUCUUCCAAGAAAACAAAAACCAGGAAAGUUAACUGCAUUCUUACAAAGAACAUGAAAGAGAAUCAUGAAAUGUGGGUUACCAAAAUAAAGGAAGAGGAAAUCCUCAACAAAAUGCGAACUGCUGAAGAGGAAGAAGAAUUGGAAGCUGACAGUUUAGACUGCACAGAAUUAAAAACUGAGAUGGAAGCCAUUAAAGAAGAGAGUGAAAGCUGCAGUACACCGCCAGUAACGUCAUCGUCGUCCUCAUCGUCAUCAUCCUCAUCGUCGUCUUCGUCUACAUCAUCUACGUUGUCAUCCAUUUCUGUCACCACCCCCCAUUCACAGUCAUCACCAUCCCCUCACACGGCUACCAGCACCACAGCUUCAUUGGCAUCGCCACCCCUGUCUCUGCAGCAAACACAACAACCAGCGCCAUCACCAACACCACCACCACACCAAUCUCCAAAGACUUAAAUUUAUGGAUGUUCAAAGAAACAACUGAAAAAAUAUAAAUAUAUAUAUUAAAAAAAAAAUGGAAAUCGACUGUCUUCAUUUCUGAAGACAAGUAAUAAUAAUAAUAAUAAUAAUAAUAAUAAUAAUAAUAAUAAUAAUAAAAAUAAUAAUAAUAAUUUUAAUUAUUAUUACAAUUAUUAUUAUUAUUACUAAUUAUUGUUAUCAUUAUUAUUAUUAUUAUUAUUGUUAAGAUGAAAUUAAGACUAGACUAUAAUAGUGUAAAGAUUGGGAAAGAGAGAGAGAGAGAGAGAAAGGAGUGAGAGAGUGUAAAAUAUUGGGUGUGUAACAGAGGAGGAUUGGGAGAGAGAGUGGAACGAGUGGAAAUGACUCGUUAGUAAAAGAAAUGAGAGGAAGGUAUAGUGAUGAUGAUGAUGAUGGUUUGUACAAAACUUUGAAACAAAAUAAAGGGGAAAAAGAUUACCAAAAAAAAAAUAGAAAAAUAUUUUUAAAAAGUGAAUCAUUGAAAUGAGAAGGGAAAUCAUGAUAAUAGUGAUGAUGAUGAUUAAAGACGUACCAAUCAUGUGAACAAUCAUAAUAACAGUGAUGAUGAUGAUGAUGGUGAUAAGAGAACACAUUAUCAAUUGUACCCAAGUGAUCAAUGAUUAAUCUGGACCUCCUUUAGUCAUUUUUGUGGUGUAUUGGUUUUUAAGUAAAAUAUCUCUUCUCGUGACUAAAACGACAUGUACGCUGUCUUCAAACGAACACAGACAACAUAUGCAUAUACAUGUAUACACACACACACACGUAUAUAUAUAUAUAUAUAUAUAUGUGUGUGUGUGUACAUACAUGUACUAAUAUCGAACAGUGAAAAUGAGUGCUCAACACCACAUUGGUGGAUAAAUAUUGCUUAUCUGUGGGUUAACAAAGCAACCAAUGGUUUCAUACAAAGAGAUCUUCACAAUUGUUCAAGUAUGCCACAUGGAAGUGUUGAUACUCAUCUUAUUUUGGAUGAGAAUCCAAAAUGGAGACGAGUGCCUACAUAUUCCCAUGUGGCAUGCUUGAACAAUUGUGAAAAAUCUCUUCACAUGAACUAGCCUUGUUCACCCACAAAUAAAGUAUGUACAUGAACACACACACACGCCCAUAUAUAAA